AGCCAUUCUCACACGUCGCAGAUUUUCAUCAGAUCGUAUCGUACUUAGCAUCAGAGUAUACGGUACCCGUUUUGAUACGUGGCAAGCACUCCCCCGGCUUUGGAUCGAACCGCCCACACAAUCAAACAGAGCGAGUCUCCAGUACCGACAACUACAGUAAGCACUACACAAGACAUCACAAUGGCUGCGGGAGCAAACGGAGCUUUGGCAGGCAAGAAGCCCGCCCCGACCGCCUCGGGUGAAGGUGCGGCUGCCAGCGGCCUUCGCAACCGACGCCCGGUGGCUGCGGCUCGCUCGGGACAGAACACUGGUCGCGGUAUGGGUGGCAGCUCGGCAGGCAUCCUGCGCUUCUACACGGACGACUCUCCUGGCCUCAAGAUUGGCCCCACGACGGUGCUGGUGAGCUGCCUCAUGUUCGUGGGUUUCGUGGUGCUGCUGCACGUGUGGGGCAAGUUCCGCGGCUAGAAAGCAACGCUAUAGACAACAGGACAGCACUUAAGAUACCCGCCAGUGGCCGACCCAAGCUGACCAGCUACCCGACCGAAAUGCGGUGUAACAGUUUUUUUUAGUAUAGGAGCUUGUCAUCGGCUCAUGCUUGUCAGCAUGUUUUAACGCGUCGAAGCAACAAGGAGAGAAGAUGCAAGUCUACAGAGAUGGAAGUGGCUGUUGUGUUGAUGCGAUGCAGAUACGAGGACGUGGAGUCACACAAAAAGCUCUAGUAUCUAUAAUAGGUGGGGGUUUAUGAGGAAUGCAUCGCCUGUUCCUGCUUUUGCCCCCAAGUGGUAAGCGACUCACGACUUUUUCUUACUCCUCGGCGAUGGAUCGCUUGCGCUUCUUCUUCUGUUUGUCCUU